AGGGUCUGCAGGCUGAAGAAGGCCAUCUAUGGCCUUAAGCAGGCGCCUCGUGCAUGGUAUCACAAGUUGGAGGAGGCGCUGUUGGCUGGGGGUUUCAAGAAGAGUGAGUGUGACCCCAGCCUGUUCCUGCUGCAGGAGAAGGACGAAAUCCUCAUGCUCUUGGGGGAGCAGAGGAGCUUCAUGGUGGUUUAUGUGGAUGACAUCCUCAUAUUCUCACCCUCCUCUGACCUUGUGAAGGAGGUGAUGCUGAAGCUUCAAGACAAGUUCAAAUACAAGACCCUUGGUGACGUCAACUACUACCUUGGGCUUCACAUUGAGCGAGAUGUGGAGAAGCGGUAGCAGCUGGAGUGAGAGUGGCCAAGUAUCUUGGCCAAACAGCAACUGUUGGACUGCAAUACUCCGCGGCGGCACAAAGGCGUCAAAAGGGUGUGGAUGGAGUCGAACCCGGGAGGCUCUUUCUCACCGCCUUCUCUGAUGCAUCUUGGGCAUCAGAACCAGAGGACAUGACAAGUGUGG